AUGAGUGGCAUGGACUUUAAUGUGUCAGAUCCAAUUUUGUUCUUGUUACCAAUUCUAUUCAUUGGUUUCCUCAUUGUUGGGCUUUGUUUUGCAUUCUGCUGUUAUCUUUUGAGGUAAGCACCCAAUCUUUUAUGUUAAUAGGGACCUUAAGAUGUGUGGACGGCGGCAGCAGGGAAAAUGUUGUUGAAAAAGUGCAUUUCAUGGUUUUCAAUCUUUAUCACGAUUAUUCCAACUGGCUUACUGUUUCAAAUGUAGGCAAGUAGUAAAAUUUUGUUGGUGCUUUUUACAUCCUCCAUAAAUCAUGAAGUUGUGUAAAAUAUUUUCACUUUGUGGUCAUGCACAAAACUCCAAAGGAAUGUACAAAAAAGUCUGAUGCAGGAGCAAAUUGUUGGUUUGGUUAUUAAACCUAUUGCUUUUUUGACAUUCUUGUUGUCAUUGCUGUCGUCAGAUCUUAUAGUCACUUAGAAUAUCACUCAGGACUCAGAAAGUGAAAAAUGAACCUGGGUCCUUGUAGACCUUAAGUCAGAAUUGUAAUACUGAAUUUUCUUCCCACGGGAGCCGAGAUGUAUUCAUUGGGGGAUGUUCUGUGUCUGCAAUUAAAUAAUGUGUUAACUUUUAAAUUCUUACUCUUUAGUCUAGCAUUGUCACCUUAAUUGUCAUAGUAGUGAAGUUUGCUUGUCUUUAUAACCCUUUAAGUCCCAAGAAUGACCAGCAUCAGUUUUCUUCUAGUUUAACAAAAUUCAGUACAAAAUCUAAAGGGAAGGUUAUNAAGGAAUGUACAAAAAAGUCUGAUGCAGGAGCAAAUUGUUGGUUUGGUUAUUAAACCUAUUGCUUUUUUGACAUUCUUGUUGUCAUUGCUGUCGUCAGAUCUUAUAGUCACUUAGAAUAUCACUCAGGACUCAGAAAGUGAAAAAUGAACCUGGGUCCUUGUAGACCUUAAGUCAGAAUUGUAAUACUGAAUUUUCUUCCCACGGGAGCCGAGAUGUAUUCAUUGGGGGAUGUUCUGUGUCUGCAAUUAAAUAAUGUGUUAACUUUUAAAUUCUUACUCUUUAGUCUAGCAUUGUCACCUUAAUUGUCAUAGUAGUGAAGUUUGCUUGUCUUUAUAACCCUUUAAGUCCCAAGAAUGACCAGCAUCAGUUUUCUUCUAGUUUAACAAAAUUCAGUACAAAAUCUAAAGGGAAGGUUAUGAGAACUAUUAUUGAUCUUUUGGCAAAAUCUCAACUUAUUCUUCAAGUAAAUGUAUGGAAAUCAGUUUGAGGAAUUUGAAUCUGGAUGUUGUGCUCAAAGGGUUAAUAAGAUUUAAGCGCCACUACUUGAAUAAGCGUCGCUCUUGAAUAAGUGGCACACCUUUACUGAAAACAAUUUAAUAAGUGUGGCUCUUGAAUAAGCGUUGUGGUGCCAAUUUGGGUAUUUAUAAAUAAACACCCCAGUUUUUGUUACAGUGCUUGGUAUAAGAGAUAUCAAAACCAUAUCGCUUAAGAAAUAAGAUCGUGACCAACUCUCUCUUUAUAUAUUCCUUCCGGUAUUUUACAUGUAGUUGAAAUAAUCACCACACUCAAAUAAGCAUCGCUCUUGAAUAAGCGCUGCACCUUUAACAGGGAAAAUGAAGUAAGGGCUGUGGUGCUUAAUCAAUCAUUAAGAGUACCCUCAAACCAUGUGGGAUUGGUUAAUGGUGAGAGGUCAGACUAAGAAAAGCCUCUGGUCCACUGGGUUUGGGGGGUAUGAUUUGGGGCCAGUAACCCUCGUAUCUUAAAAAAUAGAACCAGGAGAGAACUGUAUUGAUGGGAGAAAUAUUAUUUCCUGCCCUAGUACUCCCUACUUGGUGUCAAGAAUGAUGAUGAUGACUUUUGAAAGACUAACUGACAACCGAUAACUACAACAUUUUGUGUAUGUGUGUAUGUUUCUUUCCUAACAGGACAUCUGAUGAACCCCAGCAUGAUUUAGAGUCUUCAAGAAGAGUUCAUUAUGAAGGCCUUAAAAAGGUAAAUUAUGGACUGACCAGUUAGCAAGUUUUUUUAUAUAUUUCUACAAGCUGUGGUACAUGGUGGUAAAAUCUGAGACAAGAUUCCAAUUUGUUCAAAAAUCCAUGACUGUGUAUAUCAAAAAAUUAUGUGCUUGUCUGAAAGAAGCACAUGAAAUGGCACUCACUUUAGAGAUCUUGAGAUCAGAAUAGUUUCCUUUGGGUAUUCCUCUUCUUUCCCAUUUGAAUGGUAUUAAAUGAAAUGAUAAAAAAAAAUUGAUAUAUAGUAAUCGCCUCAAUAAUUGCUUAUUUAGUAGCUAUCACAUUGAAAAGAAGAGUUGCUCAUGUAAACUAGAAAACUUAACAUACGUUUUUCUCCUGUUGGGUGCACCAGUUGGGUGCACCAGUAACUGGAUGGCUGCACUCUGUACCUUUACCAUUUCUUUAGUAGAUUCUAAGGAGGUUCACGCAGAGCUCUUAUCAGAGCCAUAUAGUAAAGUUUGCUUGGAUGAACAGCUACGUGUAGCACUUAAACCUCAGUUAAGACAUUGGCCAGCCAGUCAAUUGAUUUAAACCACGCCAACACUCCAGCAGUAAGCCAAUCUGAAUAUGCCUUAAAUACAAUGAGCAUUAUUGUUGUGGAAGCUAUGGAAUGCUUACAAACUUGUCAUGCUUCAAGUAUGUUAUGUACUUCAUUUUAUUAAACAAAUAUUUCUGCUAUUUUAUUUCGUUGAAGACAAAUUACAAGAAGAAAUGGUUGAAGAAAGUUUCUCUGAAGAGUGAUGUAAGUAGAAUAAGAACAAGUUUUGCUGACAUUUAAUAUUGUGUAACAUAACUUACAAACUUUUGUUGUUUCUGGAAUUCCAGUGUAUCCUCUUGGUUUCUUGUUUCUUUUUUGUCAUUAUUCAGUUCAUUAAUACAGCUUUUUUUCUUUCUUUUAGACGUGUGCAAUUUGUUUGGAUGAUUUUAGGAACAAGGAGGAAAUUAGUAUUUGUAGAUGUGGGCAUGCUUAUCACCACAAGUAGGUCAAGCAAAUGUUUAUUUCUUUUAUUUUUUAACUUAGGAGAAAAAUAAGAUAGAAGUUCACUCCCCACCUCCUUGCCUUUUGCUAGGGCUGCAUGCUUGUGAAUUAUCUCAUUUUUUGUGUGUGUUGAUGAAAUGGAGGCUGUCAACAGUUUAGCAAUGAGUACCUCUUGGACCUCUUGAAGAAAGUGGUCAAUAGCUUUUACAUUAUUUUAAUCCAUCAUCCUCACCCAAUUCAAUUCAAUUCAGCCCCCUCCCAAAUAAUUCCAAGGGCUUGUAUUCUACAGCUUUCAGGGGCCAAUCCUGACCAAAACGGAGAGGCCAUGGCAACUGCAGCAAAAGAUGGCUGUAAAAAUUUAUAUAGCACCUCAGCAAAAAAGUGAGAGUGUAUUACCCUCUUAGUAAGCACAAUUUUAGUUGUAUAACCUGUCCGUCUUUAAGUAACUGAUGGAUCAAGGCACAGUAGUUCUAACUGUUAAAUCGGUGAGCAAGACCGUAUGGUAUGACCACUCAUAUUGAACCUCUGUAUUUUGACAUGGUUGAUGGUGGUCUUUUUUGUUCCAUGUCGUAAGUGAAAUAAUGUGAUUAUUGUGGCAUUUCAGCCUGCAGUUUAGGCUUGUUUUAGGCCAGCAAAAGCUGCUAGUUUAUGUUCAUAUUGCCGUAGCCACCUUUUAUUUAUUUUCAGAUAGAGGAAGAUUUGUGAUAGUAGAAAUAGCAACCCCCUAGGUGUGUGCUAGGCUGCCCCNAAAUAAUUCCAAGGGCUUGUAUUCUACAGCUUUCAGGGGCCAAUCCUGACCAAAACGGAGAGGCCAUGGCAACUGCAGCAAAAGAUGGCUGUAAAAAUUUAUAUAGCACCUCAGCAAAAAAGUGAGAGUGUCAUGCUAAAAAGUCUGCUCAUAGACUAGGAACCCUCUUAGUAAGCACAAUUUUAGUUGUAUAACCUGUCCGUCUUUAAGUCACUGAUGGAUCAAGGCACAGUAGUUCUAACUGUUAAAUCGGUGAGCAACACUGUAUGGUAUGACCACUCAUAUUGAACCUCUGUAUUUUGACAUGGUUGAUGGUGGUCUUUUUUGUUCCAUGUCAUAAGUGAAAUAAUGUGAUUAUUGUGGCAUUUCAGCCUGCAGUUUAGGCUUGUUUUAGGCCAGCAAAAGCUGCUAGUUUUUUUAUUUUCAGAUAGAGGAAGAUUCUGGAUAGUAGAAAUAGCAACCCUCUAGGUGUGUGCUAGGCUGCCCCUCUCUCCCUUUUCCCUACUUCAUUGGGCUCACCCUAUUUCCUCCUGUCUUUUGGAGUUUGAAUAUGGCUCUUUCGCAAGCAAAAACAUUCACAUGCCCAAAGAAAAUGCCUGCACUGCAGGAUCGUGGCAUUUUUCUGUGGGCACUUUUAAUGCUGAUUUAGACAGUAUGAUUUUUGCUUAUGACUAUUGUGUGGGACUAGCAUAUGUCAUGACUUUCGACCAUCCACAUGUGCGCAAUUUUCACUUACCACAUCCUCACAUGUCGUACGGAUGUCAUGGGAUUAAUUUACACAACACGAUUUGGGCACAACAGUUGUAAGUAAAAAUCGUACUGUCUAAAUCAGCAUUUAAGAUUAGGAACUACAAGGUCAACUUUUCUGUUUAAAUUAGGUGCAUUAUGAAGUGGAUGGAGAUUAAAGAAACAUGUCCAAUAUGCCAGCGUAAUUGUAGGCAUGGAGGUGCAUCAGCAGAUGGAGAAAGAACACCUUUAUUAUUAGAUGUGUGA